GAGGCAUGAGACUGGGGCCAGCAGCAGCACAUUGAUCAGCCUCGCCCCUGUGAUUUGCAUAGGGCCACCUGGGAGAUUUUCCGGGCACUGGCCAAGGUCAGUCCUGCCCUGAGGCCCCGGGUGGCAGGCUGGGCACAGACCAUGGCCUCCUACCAGCUGUGUGUGGCCCCGCCAGAGGCCCUGCUCAAGCCGCUCUCCAUCCCCAACCGGCUCCUGCUGGGCCCUGGCCCCUCCAACCUGGCUCCCCGUGUCCAGGCGGCUGGCGGGCUGCAGAUGAUCGGGCACAUGCACAAGGAGACAUUCCAGGUCAUGGACGAGAUCAAGAAGGGCAUCCAGUACGUCUUCCAGACCAGGAACCCGCUCACGCUGGCCAUCAGCGGCUCUGGACACUGCGCCCUAGAGGUGGCCCUGUUCAAUCUCCUGGAGCCAGGGGACUCCUUCCUGGUUGGGGCCAACGGCGAGUGGGGCAGACGGGCUGCAGAGAUUGGGGAGCGGAUCGGAGCCCAUGUGCACGCCAUGAUCAAGGAGCCUGGAAGCUACUACACACUGCAGGAGGUGGAAGAGGGCUUGGCCCAGCACAAGCCGGUGCUGCUGUUUCUGACCCAGGGGGAGUCCUCCACCGGGGUGCUGCAGCCCUUGGAUGGCUAUGGGGAGCUGUGUCACAGGUACCAGUGCCUGCUGCUGGUGGAUGCUGUGGCAUCCCUGGGCGGGGUCCCCAUCUUCAUGGACCAUCAAGGCAUUGAUGCCCUGUAUUCUGGCUCCCAGAAGGUCCUCAACGGCCCCCCGGGCACCUCUCUCCUCUCCUUCAGCGACAGGGCCAAGCACAAGGUCUACUCUCGCAAGACGAAGCCCUUCUCUUUCCUCAUGGACAUUACAUUGCUGGCCAACCUCUGGGGCUGUGACGACAAGCCCAGGAUGUACCAUCACACCACGCCCAUCAUUGGCUUGUUCACCCUGAGGGAGAGCCUGGCACUCAUCUCGGAGCAGGGCCUGGAGAGUAGCUGGCGGCAGCACCGUGAGGCCAUGGAGCACCUGCACAGCCGUCUGCAGGGCCUGGGCCUGCAGCUCUUCGUGAGGGACCCGGCCAGCCGUCUACCUACAGUCACCACCGUGGCUGUGCCCGCUGGCUACAACUGGAGGGACAUCGUGGACUACGUCAUGGACUCCUUCAGCAUUGAGAUCUCGGGUGGGCUUGGACCUUCCCUGGGGAAGGUGCUGCGGAUCGGCCUGAUGGGCUGUAAUGCCAGCCGGGAGAACGUGGACCGCCUGGCCCAGGCCCUGAAGGAGGCCCUGCAGCGCUGCCCCCGUCACAGGCUGUAAUACGGCUACCACACCCCCACCCCUACCCUGGGCUGGGCUGCAAAGGGACUGCAGGCUGUGUGUCACCAGGCUGAGGCCAGGAGAGCUGUGCUCGAUGCUGCCCCCUUCCUGCGGGACUGCUAGAGAAGGGAUUCACUGUACUUUCCAUUGGGAUCACCCAGCCACUGGCUUCAGGGAACAUCAAUAAAGUGCUGGCCAGCA